CCGCUGCGUGUCACCAGAGGGGAACGACAACUCCCAGCGUGCCUGGCGCCUGCCGGGAUCUUGACCUGCUCGCGGGGGCUGCCCAGGCUGCCGCUGUGUUGCCGCCAGCCAGGCCGCGCAGGAAGACGUGAGGGCCGCGGCCUGGGCGCCGAUCCCGCAGCUCUUGCCCGGCGGCCUGAGGGAAGAUGAGUUCGGCCAGGGAGACGCAGCCCCGCCACGGCGUGAAGCGAGCGGCCUCCCCCGAUGGAUCGAGCAGCUGGGAGGCAGUAGACUUAGGUAAUGAAGAAAGAAAGCAAAAGUUCUUGAGACUUAUGGGAGCAGGAAAGAAAGAACACACUGGCCGCCUUGUUAUCGGAGACCACAGAUCAACUUCUCAUUUCAGAACAGGGGAAGAAGACAAGAAAAUGAAUGAAGACCUAGAGUCUCAGUUCCAGCAAAGCAUGGACAGCACUAUGUCCGGAAGAAAUCGACGACACUGUGGACUUGGUUUCAGUGAGCUGGAGGAGGCUGAAGGACAAGAUGAUGUGAACAGAUACUCUCCUGAACCUGAAAGUCCAGAGGACUCUGAAAGUGACUCUGAGUCAGAGCGAGAGGAAUCUGCGGAAGAACUGCAAUCUGCUGAAAAAGACAGUGAAGCUGAUGAUCCAGAAAGCAAGAAAGAUGUGAAAAGCAAUUAUAAAAUGAUGUUUGUUAAAUCCAGCGGUUCAUAACUUCAGGUCUAAUAAGUCUUUGUAUUUAAAGUACAUUAAGUCUUUUUGUUAGUGCAAAGUGGAGGACUGCUUACAGCACAGAUUUUUGUAUUAUGAUUUUAAAAAAACCCUUCUUUUAGAUGAAAAAAAAUAGUGCUUGCUUUCAGAUGCCAUGGAUGACAUUUUUAUGGGCAUGAGUGUAAUUUUUUGGGGGGUAAAGUAUAAACAGAUGCAUUGGAUGAAAAUAAAUUUAAUUCCCACUCUC